AAACAUCACAAGUAACGAUAGGAAGGCUUUAUCUUUUCCUUUUAGUUCCUUGGUGGAGUGUGGGGGGAGUAGGUUCCAUGCCCCAUAUGCCUUUUCGUCCACUACAAAUACCCACUCCUCCCGUCCUUAAUCUAUCAAUCUUCAUCCAUCUCAGAAAAUUUCAGCACUUCAAACUCCAUAGAUUGAUUCAUCAUCACUUGAAAACUCAAAAAAUUUAAAGCUCAAUUCUUAAAUUGAGCUCUAAAUUUUAACUGUUGGAUGCUUGCUUGUAUUGUUCCUCCACUGUUUCGGAGUGAUACUUACUAUCUUAAAAAAAGUUUACAAUCAAGAUGGCAAGUGUAAACCAACAAGUACAAGGAUUUGGAUCAAUUCUUGGAUUCGAAUGUGAAAAAACAAAAUAUAACACUAGUAAUAAUUCAAUAAGAAGAACACUUUCAGCUGUUGACAUGUCUUCUAAAAAAUGGUUAAGUAGUACUCAGUCUGAGGUUUCACCGUUAAAAAAGAUUGCUUCAUCUGAUGAACUACAAAUUGCUGCUGAUCAAGAUAUUGUUGAAGAAAAAAAUGAUCUUUCUCAACAACAACAACAACCAGGACAGGUUGAUAUUUGGUGUUCAAUUCUUACUCAAAAACCAUCAUCUCUUCCACCUCCAUAUGUUCAUCCUCUUGUGAAACAAUCCAAGAGUUGUUUAUCUCUUAAAAGCCUUGAGAUCUGUACUGAAAACUUAGGUUCUGAAUCUGGCUCUGAUGGUUAUCCUCAUUCAGACAUUAGUCUUUCUGAUACUGAAGAAGAAGAAGAAGAAGAAGUAGCAAUUGAACAAGUAGUUGCAGUGGACGAGAGAUCGGAGGUAGUCAAAGUUGAUAGGUAUAAAGUAGAAGCUGUAAAUUACGUUAAGAAGUACUCAUCACCACCAUCAGCAGCUCGUAGAUUUUUCCCACCCCCACUUAAAUCACUCUCUAAUUUCCCACCCCCACUUAAAUCACUCUCUAAUUUCCCACCCCCACUUAAAUCACUCUCUAAACCCGGAGGCGGUGGCAUUCAAAUGAAAACUCAUCGUAAAGAUGGAAGAUUAAUUCUUGAAGCUGUCUCUGUUCCCACUUCUACAAACUGCUUUAAUGCUCAACGGCGAGGCGGUCGUCUUGUUCUAACUUUCGCUUCCCCUAUGGCAGAAUCCAAAUCAGAAUCUGAAGAUAUUUUCGAAACUGAUGAGGAAGUAGACCUCGAAUGUAGUCAUGAUAUUGAGACUGAAGAAGAAGAAAAAGAAAACAAAGGGGUUGUGUUGGAAAUGGCUCCAAAACUGCCAACUGGAGUGAUACAUGUUCACAGAUCAGCACUUAUGGUGAAUAAGUUUACAGGUCUGACAAACAACAGGAAUAACCUAACAUCUUGCUGGUCAUCAUCAACAACAAAACUACUACCACAAUCACUACCAAUAUUAGCUGCAGGGGCACCACGAUUAAUACCGAAACAACAAACCGUUGCGGCCGCUGCUGCAGCGGUAGAGCCUACUUUCAACAGAUACGAGUACUGUUGGCGAAAGGAAACUACAUCCUCAAUGGUACCAGUUAGUGGAAUUCAUCAUGUACUUAACCAACAACAAUCACUACCCAACACCAAAAAGACUUACAACCACCGCCACCACCACAAUAUUAAUAAUAAUCUCUUAACCAGUAAGAAUAAUUAUUACAUCAACAAUAAUAACAACAAUUCAAAAACCAUAAAAGGAGGCCAUGAUUAUAAGGAGGAGAAACAGAUUAAUGGUAAUGGAGAAAAAGUUGUUGAGCAUUUGAUAGUUCCAGCUUACUGCAAACCAGAGCCAAGGAGAACUUUAGUGUUUUGGGAACCUCGUUGCAUUGCUACAUCUUAAAUAAUUUAUCAAAAACAUUUUUACUACUAGUAUUAUUUAAUAUUUACAGAGAGCAUAUUGAUAUGAGAUAUGAUGCAAAAUUGCAGAGUAUAUCUACAUAUGGUAUUUUUUUUGUUUAUGUAAUAGUAAUAUUAAUAGAGCCUUCGGUGUUAAACAUAUUGUUACAUAUGGUCUUUGUGAAUGAGAUAUUUAAUUUUCAGCAAAA